AUGGCCACUGCACAAAGACUUCUCAUCACUAUGUUCUGCGGAGCCAGCAUUCACCGGACGUUGCUUGCUUUUGUUCUCCUGGGUUUUCUAGCUGGGAUUGCUUCAACAUAUCCAGUUGUAAGCAGAACUAAUGGCACAUUGCUGGAAAGAGGAUGGCAGUCUCUGUUGUCCAGGUCCAUUGCUGGGAAGUCAGGGGAGAAGUCAGAUGUGAACUGGGAGAGUGACUAUUUGCUAGGAAUCAAGAGGCAGCGAAGGCUUUACUGCAACGUGGGCAUCGGGUUUCACCUUCAAAUCCUCCCAGAUGGAAGGAUAAGCGGAGUUCACAAUGAAAACCAAUACAGUCUCUUUGAAAUAUCCACUGUAGAGAGAGGUGUUGUUAGCCUGUUUGGUGUGAAAAGUGCUCUCUUCAUUGCAAUGAACAACAAAGGCAAGCUAUACGGAACGGCUGUUUUUCACGACGAAUGCAAAUUCAAGGAAACCUUGCUGCCCAAUAACUACAACGCAUAUGAAUCAAACGCUUACCACGGCUCUUACAUAGCACUCAGCAAACAUGGGAGAGUGAAGAGAGGAAACAAGGUUUCUCCUGCCAUGACAGUAACCCACUUUUUGCCCAGAAUGUGAACAAGAGCAAAACAAAA